CUCUUUUUUGAGGUUCAUUGCUGCCUUAAUAAUGCAAUAAAAUGUCUCCAGGAGAGUGCAAGACCUAGAGUUGGAGGUGUUUGUAGAUACAUGACAAAUCAAAACCGGAAUCGACAACCACCUCCAACACCUCCAACAAUAUGUCAUGAUGCGAAUUUUGACCUUAUAGAAUCCCUUUCCCAGUAUAAAGAUUCCAGCUAGCUGCUGCUAAACAAUACCACUAAAAGACUUACCAUGGCACCUUCAAUUCAGCAGUAUAUCUCCCAUUUCGAUGGCCUCGAUGGCCUAAAGAAAGUCGACGCACCAUUGCCCUCCCCGGCGCAGGGAGAGGUGUUGGUGCAGAUCAAGGCCGUAUCUUUGAAUUACCGAGACAUGGAAGUCAUCCGCGGCGAGUACACUCAUCACCAAUCCAUCAACCAGGGCUCUACCAUUGUCCCCUGCUCAGACAUGUGCGGCGUGAUCCAAAGUGUUGGCAACGGUUCCACAAAGUGGAAAGUCGGGGACCGUGUGCUUUCAACAUUCAUUCCAAAUCACCAGGCGGGAUUGCUCACUGAGCAAGCGCUUGCCAGUGGCCUUGGACUCCCACAGCCGGGUGUUCUGGUGACGCAUCGGGUCUUUCCUGAGCAUGCAUUAAUCAAGGCACCUGAGUACAUGUCGGACCAAGAAGCUAGUACUCUCACCAUCGCUAGUGUGACCGCAUGGAUGGGUAUAAAUGGGAUGCGUCCACUCGGCCAGAACGGUGGGAAGGAUGAAUACAUCCUGCUUCAGGGCACGGGAGGAGUUAGUAUUGCUGCGUUGCAGCUUGCCAAGGCAUCUGGCGCAAAAGUGAUCAUUACCUCCUCCUCUGACGACAAACUGGCUAAAGCCAAAGAUCUCGAUGCAGAUUUUACCAUUAACUACCGCAAAACCCCCGACUGGGAAAAAGAAGUCAUGAAAGUCACAAACGGCCAUGGUGCAGACAUCAUCCUCGAAGUCGGCGGUUCCGAAACCCUCAGCAAGAGCUUUAACUGUGCUGCAUACAACGGUCUGAUUAACUGCAUCGGGUACACUUCGGGAAAGACGCAAGCUGGUGGUGACCAGCCGAAUGUGAAUAUACUUGCCAUAAGCAAGGUACUUACUUUAAAGGGUAUCAUUGUUGGGCCUACGGAUCGGUUUGAGGAGCUGGUGAGGUUUGUUGAAAAGCAUCAGGUUCAUCCUGUUAUCUGUAAGAUCUUUUCGUUUGAGGAGACGAAGGAUGCUCUAAAGUAUCUGGAGAGUGGAUCGCAUUUUGGGAAGGUUGUUAUUCAGGUUUCAAACUAG